AUGAGACCCUUGUUGCUAGACUUUUUGAUGGAUGUGAUCAGUAAGUUGAAUUUGUCGUUGUCGACAUUUCCACUCACGGUGAACUUAAUUGACAGAUACUGCUCCACCAGGAUUGUGAAGAAGCAGCAUUAUCAAUUGUUGGGGUUAACAAGUCUUUGGAUCAGUUGCAAGAACUUGGACGCCAAAUUCAAGAUACCGUCGUUGUUUGACUUAUGCAAGAUGUGCUGUAACUGCUACGACAAAAAGCUUUUCUUGGAAAUGGAGAACCAUGUGUUGAAGUCGUUGAACUGGCUGAUCAACUACCCUACAUUUGAUCAGUUUAUUGAAAUCUUCAUCAACAUGUUGGACUCAAGCAAAUUUGUCGAGUCGUCACCAGCCAAUAAGAACAACGUCAAGACUAUGGCUUUGUACAUCUGUGAGUUGAUUCAAUUUUACCCUAAUAUCUACUUCAACAAUAACUCAUCACAAAUAGCAUUGGGAGGACUAUUGACUAGUUUGCUUAUUUGUAACGUUCCUAUCAAGUUGGAGAGUGUUUUGAAACACCUCAAUUCGUAUUUGGAACAAGAUUCACUCCUCGACCUCGCAUCUUUCAACUCAUUCUACAAGAAUUUAUUGAAGAUAUUAAAGUGUCCACCUCCUUCCUUGAAGUUAAAAUACUUCAGCGAAAAUGGGUCGACGCUCAAAUUGAUGAAGAUUAUGAUACGCCACGUUAACAACCAGAAUGCUAAUAUUACUCCACUCACCCCGAAGUUUCAAAUCCACGAGCAAUCGUCCCAAAAUGUUUCUUACGGUAACUUCCCAAGGACGCCUGUUUCAAAUAACAUAUCCCCCAGGAUUGAACUUCCUUCGCACUCGUCUACUCAAGCUACCAACUCGCAUUCAUACAACCUUUCUAUUUCCUCAACCACAAGCGAGUUGCUACCAUCCCCCAAAGCAUCACCUGAACACUCGUCUUUCGACUCUUUUCCAAUCAAGUCUCCGGUGGAUAUUCAUCCUCCAUUGCAUAUGCCUACUACAACUACAUAUAACUUUUUCCAUACUAGGAAAAGAUCGAUCGAUGACAUUACUGUGGAAUCUCCAAAUAAAAAACUUAGAGCCAGAAAGCCAGCUUUCUACAUCUCUUAA